AUGAAGCUCGCCAUUCGGCCUCUACAGAAGAUGAGAUUCUUUCGCAAGGACAAGGAUAAGAAGAAGCAGCAGCAGCAGCAGGGUCAUCGGCAGCAAAAGUCGCACGAUUUCACCGAUCAGCAAUUGUCAAAAUACUCGUCGCAGGUACAGCAAAACUACCGCAACGUCGUCUCGCCGCCCGGCACCCACAUCCCGACUAGAGCCUCCGCCGCUCUCUUCCAGAGCCUGCCAAAGAAUAUACUCCUCCGCAUCUUCGCCUCCGUCUGCCCUCACACACAAGAUGAGACGUACGAAACAUGCGAGACGAGCGCUAUCUUUGACGCUUGCAUGUUAUGCGAUCUGAGAGAUCUAGCCCACUGCGCGCGCGUCUGCUGGAAAUGGAACCAGGCAGCCAACGCCCUGCUGUACCACAGCAUCCGGAUCGACGCCGUCCACUACUGCCCUCGCGAGAUUUACCUGUCGGAGCAGCGGAAGCGCAAAACCUUCUUCAAACGUAACGCCGACCCCGAAGAUACCCCCACCGUUCGCCUGAAGCUGCUCUGCAGGACGCUGCGCGAGGAUCCCACGCGCUUCGGCUCUCGAGUUCGCUACUUCAAGGUGCCCUACAUGCUCCGGGAAGCUGCCACAGCCGAUCUCGCUCGCAUCAUUCAUGUGCUGCCGAACCUGGUCUACGUCGACCUGCCCGAGGGCCUCUUUUCCGACGAACAUGGCUAUGCAACGCUCAGGCUCGAGGUCGAGGCUAGAUGCCGAGACCUCCGCAAAAUGACAUACCACGGAGGCGCCGAGGGCAGCUUGUCUAAGCUGGCGCACGGCGGGAUAUGGCAGAAUCUCGAGGUCCUCGAGUUGAUCAAGAUCAAUAUGGACCCGAUCGUUCUGCGGCACGCUCUGGCGAACCUUGGAAGGCUCCGCGCGUUGAAGGUGAUGGAUUCGCAAGCCUUCUCGGACGAUAUCUUCACCCGCAACGAAGAGUUGCCUCCUUUCCCGCCCCUGGAGGAGAUUAUUCUCAGCAAUACCCCCGCAGUCACCGCUAACGGCUUGGUCGACUACCUUGCCCGUGCUGACACUCGCAACCACCUACUCGUCCUGUCUCUGCUCAAGACAGGCGUCCACCCCGCCACACUCGCCGAUAUUCUCUCUGCAGCCACGAAUCUGCAGACACUAGCCAUCGAGGCCUUGGUGAGCGACGCUUUCAAGAGUGGUCCGAGGACGCGUCGGCUCGCGUCGACCUCCUUGGAAUCCCUACGCUUCGAGAUCACUGCACACAAGUCUGCGGGCCCCUACUCCAGUGUUACAGCUAGUUACUACACGUAUUUGGCGGCAUCCCUCAGAGGCAACGGCAUGCCUAAUCUGAGGUCGGUUUACGUCCUGGACGAGUACUUUCAGGACGAGCUUGAGGGUCUGCCCCGCCCUGCGGCACCCUUCUCGUACGGGGCGAACGCUCGACCCAAGUCGUCUCACUCGGUCACUUCUCACCGGCCAAUGUCGGGCCUGCCCAGCGGCAGACGCGGUGGCCUUGCGCCACCUAGCAGCGCCGGCAUGGCGGUCCCCCGCCCCUUCGCCGCCGCGUCCAACGUUCGCGCUUCGCAGCGCUUCAGCUCUACGAACCCCUUCGCCGGCACAGGGCCGCUGUCUCACCCCCUGACGAUCUACACCAAGACAGAUGAUGCAUUAGACUGGUCGUCGGUGAUGCUUCAACCCACUUCGCCUCUGGGUGGCGGUCCUCACCACCGCGGAAGCAUGAGCUUUCACGGCGAUCGCCCUAUCAGCUCCUAUGGCUUGGGGGCUGAUAUUGCGGGAUCCGGAUGGAACACGUCCGCAGCGAGAAAGAGUGUCAUGGUGGGCAAUGGCGCUGGCAUGUUCAUGGCCUUACCGAGCCAGAACACCGGCGGCAGCAAGGGGAGUGACGAGGAUCUCUGGCCCAGACCCAGCACGGCGAACAACGAGAAAAAGUCGGCCGACCUUUGGCGAUGA